CCCCCUCUCCCUCCCUUCCUGCCGGCCUCUGCGUAGAGGAUGUGUCUGGGAGUGUGAGAGGAAGGCCGUCAGUACAAUGGAUAUGUGCCUUCUUUCCUCCACGCCUUCUCUCUCUUUCGGGCUCUGAUCAUCCCCCUUGUUCAGUGGUGUUCUGGCCCUCUGGGUAGGGCACUGUUGGAGGUGGACAGGCGAACCACUGAACUGAACUUAAAUGUCAGACGGAGACAAGAAUGGUGGUGACAAACCUGAAGGUACAGACGACUACUCUACACACUCACACACUGCUAACAACCAAAACAGACUGUACCCACUGACUCUAACCAACACCCACUUCUCACUGACUCACAACAGAGGAAAUAAUACAUUGUAAUACAUUUGCAUGUAUAUCUCUAAUCCUCUCCAAAUGGAAUUGUUUCUGUGUUUAAGACAGAGGAAGCUUAUUCUUCUGUUUCUCUGAGAUGGCAUCUCUACCAUGCCUGUAUUUCGAGCAUGAUGGUGCUGUUUACGAAUGCAUUAGUCUCAUUCUCCAUAGGUUUAUUGUGCGGCAGAAAAGCUGAUGUCACAUUUAAUGCUUGUAGUAAACAUCUCUGUCUCAUGACCACCUGUGAGACAGAGAGAGGGCUGUUUGUUUAAAUUGCACAUACACACACACACACACAUAAACACACCGUGCUGCUCUCCAUUGACUCAUAAUCACUAAUGUCCACACACUCAUACAAGCUGAACAAAACAGGGAUAUUCUUCUGUAAAGACAGACAGAGAUGUAUACUUUUCAUGUGGAUCCUCCUGUCACAUAAUGUCUGGAGAAUUUAGCUUGUUUACGUGUGAUUGACAGAUGCGGCAGCGCUCCCAGAGGUGUGGCCAGAGGCGGAGAGGGCAGAGAGCUUGGCCCGGGGCGCGGCCCUGAAGUGGGCAUCGGGUGUGUUCUGUCGCCCUGAGCAUCUUGAGAGGUUAGGACAGUACCGCAAAAGGGAAAGCCAGAGGACCUCGUCCAUCCAGUCAAGACUCAAGGUAAACUACAAACACACACACACCUGCUCUCACUAGAGGAUUUUGUCACUUCCCACAUUAAAUUAUUAAGACUUGAGGGAGAAAUAGAUUUUUCAAAAUGUUUAUAAGAUGACAGGUUAUUCAUCUGUAUUGAUAUUAACAUAGUAUAUGUUAAGGUGAAAAAUCUGUCGAUGACACUUAACCCUAAUUGCUCCAGGGUCGCUGUUGAUAAUGGCAGACCCUGGCCGUGACCCCACUCUCCUAGGGUGUCUCAGGGAGAGUUGGGAUAUGCAAAAAACACAUUUCCAAUUCACACAUUUGUAUAAUACACACUUGUACAUGUGUGAAACAGGACAAAUAUAAGCACCCACCAAAUUAUUAUAUGGCACUUCCAGUUGUGCCUUGAAUGAUUUUCUGAAUGUGAGAGCAUUGCCUUUCCUCCAGUCAGUGGUCCAGUCCUACCUAGAGGGGGUGGGCUGGGGUCUGGAGCAGCUUCGUGAGGCCCGGGCGGAGCUGAAAGAGGUGUCCCAUGCCCUGGGGAAGGCAGGGGUGGAGUCCAGCAGAAACGCAGAGGGGGUCAAGGCUCUGGAGAUGAUGCAAGAGGUCUCUGUCAAUCACUGUCAACUCCUUGCUGCCGUUAGCAACCUGCCACGCCUCUACUCUGGUGAGACUGCCCCAACAGCUUCCUUGGUUCUGUAGCUUCACGACUGGGAAAAUAUUUCAUGAAUUUGUUAAAAUAAAACUUAAUUGAAGCUUCAGAGAGACUCACAUAAAUGCACAUAUCCUGUUCCUUAAGGAAUAAUUGAAUGACUCCCUUUCAGCAUACACUUCAAUAACUAUGUCAAUCUGUAACUUGGCUAAAACUACAGUGUCUCCCUCCCUUGUUACCUGUUAGUACGGAGCAUGGUAUCGGAGACAGAGAGGCUGGUGGAGUCUCGCCGGCUCCUGGAGGCCCACGCCCGUCUGAUGGAGCUGGAGUGCUGGCAGGAUGACGUCCUGUGGCAGCUCCAUGGAGCGGGGGCCCCUGGGACAGCAGGGACAGCCCUCAGUGCCCAGGACGAGGAGCUGGUCAGGAACUACUUCUCAGGCGUUGGAAAGCUGGUGGAGGCUCUGGGGAAGGAGCUGUGGGCAGUUGUGGGGAGUGGACUGGCUUUAGCCAGGCAGAACCCUACAACGUUUGUGUCUGCUGUGAGGAUUGUGGAGCGAGAGGAGGCGCUGGAUCAGGCCAUGCUGGAGGAGAGAGGAGGUGCAGGGGGGCACAGCAGGCCUCUUCCCCCUGGACGGCCACGCUGCUGGAGGGAGCGCUUCUUUCAAGUAUGUCUAGACUUGUUGAAUACAGUGAGAUUCAAUGAUAGAGUUGAGCAUCAUUCAAGAGCCCACAUUGCUAUGCAAAUAGAAUUGUACAACACAAUACAUGACUGCAACAGAGCAUGAUGCAAUAGGCCUAGGCCCUAUGUUAAUGAGAUACAGGGAUGGUUUUCCUUAUGUUUUGACAGUAGCAUUGCACAGGUGCUUUACAGUGAUGUUGUACUCUAAUGUUAGGUGUUAGAAGAGGCGGUGUCUGCGCGUUUCCGUAGCGUCUCUUACCUGCACACCCGCGGGCCUGGCCUUGCAGGCCACCUGUCUGCCCUGCAGCACGGCAUCAUGGGAGACCUGGCCACGGUGCGCCACCUGCUGGACCACUGCGUUCCGCCCCACUAUAACCUGACCAGGGCCUACCUCCGCGCCUGCCACCGCUGUCUACAGUCACACCUGGGCCAGGUCAGCGGAUGGGAGCUGGAGAGUGGGGAGAUCUUUGCUGUUCUUAACUGGGUCCUACACAUCUACAACAGGUGAGCAAAUAUAGACCAACCAAUUUGAGCUAAAAUAUGUUUUUGGGUGUUAAUAGGGUUGCAAAAGGAGAGUAUAUUACUGGAAACUUUCUAAGCUUACCAGUAAACUACCAGAAUGUUGGUAUCUUUCGAGGAUUUUAUGUAAUCUAUCACAAGACAUCUAGUGGCCCUUUUGGGUACUUCAGAUUAUCACAGGUGUCUGUAAUUAUCUCUGGCCCUCUGUGUGGCCUUAUCACAUUAUUAUAUGAAAUAAGUACAUAAGAUGAUUUCAAAAUAAAAAAUUGAAUGACAAAGCUGUAAAAAAUUAUCCUAAAUAUAAACCAUAAUACCAUUGGUGUUUAAUAUGAGGGUUUGAGAAUGAAAUAUCCUUUAUAUUUGUUUUUACACACUUUUAUUUAUUUUACUAUGCCAUUGUCAAUAUGUAUUUGUUUUCGAUGUUUUUGUGUCAAACUGGUGACAGUUGUGAAAAAGUAAAUAGUUUGAGGAGUUGCAGAAGUAAUUGAAAAUAAUGCUAUUGUUGAUUAAAUGUUUUAUCAUUAAUUAGGCUAUUUUCUCUUGAACCAUAUGGUCUAUCAACUAGACACUCAUGGACAAAUUAAUGCUAUAUAUGAAUAAAACAAGUAUAAAUGUCCAAAGUAAUCAUAGAUGUUAUGUUAAUUACUGAAGACUCCGAGUUGUUUUGGUGUGAUCAGUGUGUCCUGUAUGUGUGUGUGCAGCUCAGAUAUGAUGGGGCAUCCAGACUUAGUGGUGGAGAUGGAGUCGGGACCGCUGAUCUCCAAGGAGGGUCUGGAACAGCUGCAGAACAAAUACGUACACAGUGUGCGGGUGGGUGAGACAUCUGGAUCGCUGUGUUGUCUGUCUGUCUGUGUUUCUAACUAGAUCUGUCUAUGUGUUUGUUUGUCAGUGUGCCUGCAUACUAAUGCCUCUGUGGAUGGGAUGUUUUGUGUGCACCUGCACUGUGGUGUGGGAAACUCCUGUCUGUCUCAGUGGAGUUUUUUUUAUUUAUUUUUAUUAUUUUUUACCCCCUUUCUCCCAUAUUUUCGAUCUUGUCUCAUCGCUGCAACUCCCUAACGGGCUCGCGAGAGGCAUGCGUCCUCCGAAACAUGACCGCUCCUUAACACCCGCCAGCUUAACCCGGAAGCCAGCCAGCGAUCGGGGUCAGCCUGCACUCGGCCCGCCACAAGGAGUCGCUAGAGCGCGAUGAGCCCCACCAGCUAAACCCUCCCCUAACCCGGACGACACUGGGCCAAUUGUGCGCCGUCCUAUGGGACUCCCAGGCACGUCCGGUUGUGGCACAGCCUGGGAAUGAAACCGGGUCUGUAACGCCUCUAGCACUGCGAUGCAGUGCCUUAGACCGCUGCGCCACUCGGCAGGCCCCCGUGGAGUUUGUGUUUUAUUGUGUGAUAGAAAGGUGUGGUUGAGUGGAGUGUGUAUUGUGUUGUAGAAAAGUGUGUCUGAGUGGAUGCACAAGGCCCUAGAGGUGGAGCUGACAGACUGGCAGAGAGACCAGGAACCAGACACUGACCACGAGGGCUUUUACCUCACCAGCCUGCCAACCAUCAUCACACAGGUAAACAUACAUACCUCACUACCUCUACAUUAAUAUUGGUUUAAAAUGUGGUUAAAUUAUAUUUACAUGCACAUACAUGAGUUGUGGCAAUGUUGUGUUUGUUUUGAGGCGACACGUUGAGGAGUGUUUUGAGGCCGGUGAUUGAGUUGGGCUGAUUUUGUGUUUGUGUUGUGGUUGUGUUAGAUGCUGGAGGAGAAUGCACGGGUGGCUCUGAUGAUUAGUGAAUCACUUCGGGAUCAGACCAUACAGAUGGGGCUCUAUGAGAUGGAGAACCUCCUCAAUAGGUGGGUCAGUGUGUUCUUAUGUGAGUAUGUUUGAGAAUGUGGCAUAGAAUCAGUGAUACUUUUCACACAUUAAUUAAAUUACGGUUCCACUUUCUCUUUCCAAUAUGUAAGUCUUUCAUUCCGUCUCCUUCUGUUUCCAGGUUUCGGGAGGCUCUUGUGGAAUUUGGGAAGGAGCACCGCAGGGAUCAGAGCACAAAUCAAAAUAAGUUCUACCUCCAUUAUCUACUGGCCUCUAUAAGCAACUGCAUCAUCCUCAAGUGAGCUUCUGUACAUUGUUUUAUUUUUGUCAGUGCUAUCUGUUUCUGUUCAUCUGUACAUUCAUUAAUGUGAGUCUGUGUACACACAUACAGUGAGCUCCAUAAUUCAUUGGACAGUGACAAUUUUUUUGUUAUUUUGGUUCUGUACUCUAGCACUUUGAGUUUGAAAGGAUACAAUGACAAUGAGGGUGAAGUGCAGACUGUCAGCUUUAAUUUGAGGGUAUUUUCAUAUAUAUCGGAUGAACUGUUUAGAAAUGAUAGCACCUUUUAUACAUGGUCCCCCCAUUUUAAGGUACUACAAGUGUUUGUUAAAUUGGCUUCACAGAUGUGUGUCGUUAGGCAGGUGUAUUCAUUUGUGUCGUUAGUGAAUGCAGGAGAGCUGUUGAUGAAUAGCAUUGAUUCUAGACUUUGCUAUUGCCUUUGGAGGUUGUUGUUGUGGUGUGACAACAUGAGGAAGACAGCAGUGUCGAUGCAAAUGAAGCUGGCCGUCAUAAGGCUCAGAAAUGAAAAUCAAUCAAUCAGGAACAUUGCAAAAACCCUGGCCAUGCCCAAGUCAACAGUUUGGUUCAUCAUUAACAAGAAAAAAACAACCGGUGAACUCAAUUAUGUCAAAAGACCCGGUAGACAGAGGAAGACCACUGUAGUGGAUGACCGGAGAAUACUCUCUAUGGUGAAGAAAACCCCCCUGACAACAGCCCAACAGAUCAAAAACACUCUCCUGGAUGCAGGUGUAGAUGUGUCAAAGUCUACCAUACGUAGAAGACUACACCAGCAGGACUACAGAGGGUACACUACAAGAUGCAAACCACUGAUAAGCCUGAAGAACAGAAAGGCAAGAUUACAGUUUGCUAAAAAGCACCUAAAAGAGCCCCAAGAGUUCUGGAAAAAAGUAUUGUGGACAGAUGAGACAAAGAUUAACAUGUACCAGAGUGAUGGAAAGAGGAAAGUGUGGAGAAAAAAAAGAAAUGCCCAUGAUCCAAAGCAUACCACCUCAUCCGUGAAACAUGGUGGAGGGGGUGUUAUGGCUUGGGCCUGUAUGGCUGCCAGUGGAACAGGCUCACUUGUCUUCAUCGAUGAUGUGACUGCAGACAGAAGUAGAACAAUGAAAUCUGAAGUCUAUAGAAAUAUUUUAUCUGCUCAGAUAAAACCAAAUGCCUCCAAACUCAUUGGACGGCACUUCAUCAUGCAACAAGACAAUGACCCUAAACAUACUGCUAGAGCAACAAAGGGGUUUUUGAUGGCCAAAAAGUGGAAAAUCCUUGACUGGCCGAGUCAAUCACCGGAUCUGAAUCCAAUUGAACAUGCAUUUUACAUGCUGAAGAGGAGACUGAAGGCAAUAAGUCCCCAAAAUAAGCAGGAACUGAAGAUGGCUGCAGUACAGGCCUGGCAGAGCAUCACCAGGGAAGAUACCCAGCGUCUGGUGAUGUCAAUGCAUCGCAGACUUCAAGCAGUCAUUGCAUGCAAAGGAUAUGCGACCAAAUAUUAACAAUGAUUACUUUAUUCUACAUUAUGUUAAACUGUCCAAUGUUUUUUGAUGCCCGAAAAAGGGGGGGACCAUGUACAAAAGCUUCUAUAAUUUCUAAACGGUUCAUCCGAUAUGUAUGAAUAUACCCUCAAAUUAAAGCUGACAGUCUGCACUUCACCCUCAUUGUCAUUGUAUCCUUUCAAACUCAAAGUGCUAGAGUACAGAACCAAAAUAACAAAAAAAUUGUCACUGUCCAAUGAAUUAUGGAGCUCACUGUACAUGCAGUAUAUUAUACAGUUUGUUCAAGACUGUCCUUGCCCCUCUCCUCUCCUCUGCUUCUCCUCCUCUCCUCUGCUUCUCCUCCUCUCAUCUCCUCUGCUUCUCCUCCUCUCAUCUCCUCUCCUCUGCUUCUCCUCCUCUCAUCUCCUCUCCUCUGCUUCUCCUCCUCUCAUCUCCUCUCCUCUGCUUCUCCUCCUCUCAUCUCCUCUCCUCUGCUUCUCCUCCUCGCCUCUCCUCUGCUUCUCCUCCUCUCAUCUCCUCUCCUCUGCUUCUCCUCCUCUCAUCUCCUCUCCUCUGCUUCUCCCUCUUUCCUUUCCUUUCCUCUCCUCAGGACCUCCACAGAGAGUUUGCAGCAGCAGCUCUCGUCCCGUUCAGCCAGCCGGUUCUCCCGGACUCCCCCCGGCCCCCUGGCUGCUCUAGACCGGGCUGUGAGGAGGGCCUGCCGCCUGGUGAUGGACCAGCUGCUGCUAGAGCUCCAGCCCUUCCUGCAGGGACUACUGUCUCGCUCCUGGCUGGCCCAGGGAGACGUCACGGUUACCCUGAAGUUAUGUGGAGUCCUGGAGCGACAUUUUGAGCUGUAUAGUCGUGUUCGCCCACCCUGCCGGCAGGUCAGGCUCUUUGACAAUCAAAUUAGUCUGUAGCUGACUAUACUAGUCUUCUGUAUGGUAUUGUUGACCCUUCCCUGUUCCUGUAGCGUUUGCAGGAGGAGUGCCAGUGGCUGACGGUGGUGGAGUAUGUGAGGGUGUUGAUGCAGAAGAGGCUGGUGUGUCGGAAUGCAGAGGAGCGGCGCCAGCUGGCCCAGAGAAUGGCACUGGAUGCCCAGCAUCUGAGGGAUCUCUUCCAGGGCCUGGUGGUGAGGAUACACUUGAGUUUAGCCACACCCAGUGACACCCAGUCUAGUGGGACACUCGGCCCAGCUCUGCUCUGUCCUCUAUCCCACGAUCCACAGACUACAUACCCAACCCACACCACACUCAACAUAUACCCACCCCUUCCUUCAUUUUAAUUCACUGUACCAUUUUAUUUACAGUAUUCAAUUUUCAUGCAUGUACUGUGUCUGUUUAGGAAGUGGAGGGAUCAGUGAGUGAGGUGAACCCAAUGGCUUUACUGCCUGUUCUGGCUGACUUCAUCCGGCUUAAAGACCCCAGCAUGCUUACUCUCGAGGUGUCUGGACUGGUGGCCAAGUACCCAGAUAUCAGGUAUACACACAAUCCUUACCAUAUCAAUUUCCUUGAAAACAAUUCAUGUUUUUUUACACAUCUAACAUUUGCCUUAAUGUCCUCACUCCUAAGUGAUAGACAUGAUUAUAUCAGGGACACUUCUACAGGUGUCUCUUCAGUGGUCAGGUGUUGAUCUUCUGUGUUGGUCUACUCUCUUCUGUCUGUGCCCCUCAGUGAUGAGCAUGUGUCAGUGUUGCUGGAUGUUAGGGGGGAUGUCUCCAGGGAUGUGAGGGGGACAGUUCUGGACCUCCUGGAGCAGAAUACCCCUCCUCUUCCAGCUGGCUACCGACCCAUCUUCUCUGACAUCCUGGUCCCUACUCCUAGCAUGCCAUUCUGUCUGCCUACUGCCAAGUGUGCCUGACUAGAAUUUUGCACCCUUUAAAUCCACACAACACACAUGCUUGUGAUUCAUAAGUUAUAUAAACUUUAUAAUACAUCCAUCCACUGCACAGUGGAUUGUAAAUCAAGCUUGAUGGUCUGCAGAGUUCAAAUCAAAGUUUAUUGGUCUUGUACACAGUUUAGCAGGUGUUAUUGCAGGUGCAGUGAAAUGC